CCAGAGGGCAGAAGCAGCCCUGAGCUCAGGCCCCACUGACACCCUGAGUGUGCUGGAGUAGGAGAGUGGCCCACGAGCUGGGAGCUGACUGGAGCUCAGGAAGGAGAAAUCUACCACUUGAGGGCCAGGACAGCCAGCUCAAGGCUCAGCAAGGAGGAACGCAGUGAAGAGCUUGGGUCCGAGCAGCAGUGCCAGGAGGACUGGGGCGCAGAGGCAGAGAGGCAAGCCCAGCCCACACUCCCCCGCAGCCCUGGAAGGACAGAAGGGACUCUGCCUGUGUCCACUUGGCUGAGGCGCCAUGGCCAGGCUCUGCCUGAGCUUGCUGCUCCUGGUGGCCGUUGUGGCCCUUGUGUCCAGAGGCGUCCACACCUGGGGCUCGCCAAAGGUGGUGCGAGAAUUCCAAGACAUCCCAGAAUCCUACGUGUACGUGCAGCAGGCGCUGUGGUUCGCCAUGAAAAAGUACAACCAGGCCAGCAGAGACAAGUACAGCUACAAGGUGGUGAAGGUUCUUAAAUCCCAGGAGCAGGUCACAGAUAGUUUGGACUACUUUCUUGAAGUCAAAAUUGCCCGAACAAUGUGCAAGAAAAUUGCAGGAGAAAGUGAAAACUGCUUAUUGCAACAGGAUCCCAAAAUGCAAAAGAUGUUUCUUUGCACCUUUAUUGUUGCAUCGAAACCCUGGAAAUUUGAACUCAAUAUGCUGAAGAAACAUUGCAAAGAUGUCUAAUUAUCUUCUAGCACAUUCUGCCACUCACACUUCCAUUUUAAAAAAGAAGCAAAGACACUUGCAAAACAUUUAAAUGACACAGCUGACCCAUUGACCUCA